AUUUGUAAUGUCUCUAUACUAGGUCUUACAUGCUUUACCUCAACUUUAAAUUUUGGCUAUGGUUGCUGUUUGUUAGGUCUUGCCUCCAUCUGCUCACGCUGUUAAAUCAGAUGCCUCAAAAUUUCUGUUGAAUUGGUUGGUCCAGCAUGAACAUGAACACCGCAAAUGGUCUGCUGCGAUUUCUCUUGGAUUGAUCUCAAGUUGCCUACAUGUAACAGAUCAUAAGCAAAAGUUUGAGAAUAUCACUGGACUUGUUGAGGUUAUGUGUAGUAGCAAUAGCACCCUUGUCAGAGGAGCCUGUGGGCUUGCCUUGGGUUUUUCUUGUCAAGAUCUUCUUACCAGGGUUGAUGCUGGUGAUAAUUCUGACAUGGACAAAGAAACAGGCAAGAUGACAGAAGCAGACUUGCUUGGUAUGAUAGUUAAGGCAUUAUCACUCAUGAUAGGUCAGCUCACUCAGUUGCCAUCUGAUGUUAUGGAAAGUCUAUCUGCCUACUUUCCACCUAACACAUUUGGUAUAGAUAUGAAUAUAACUGCUGAACUGUCACAUGAGAACUCUGAUGACUCUCUCGAAGAUAUCUGGGGUGUUGCUGGACUUGUUCUUGGUUUGGCGAGUUCUGUUGGUGCACUGUACAGAGCUGGGGCACAUGAUGCUGUUCUCAAGAUAAAAGACUUGAUCAUUUCAUGGAUUCCACAUAUGACUACAUCAGUUCAAGGGUCUCGGUCUUUUAGUGGGGUUUCUGAGAUAGUUUUAUCAGUAGGAUCCUGUCUUGCACUUCCCAUUGUAGUUGAAUUCUGCCAAAGAUUAGAACUGAUGGAUGAUAAUAAAGUACGCCAUUUAGUGAAUGGCUACAGGGAGCUCAUUUCUGAAUUAUUGUCUGUCAAAAAAUCUGGCACCUUCUAUCACAGCUUACUUAUGGCAUCUUGUAUAGGAGCAGGAAGCCUCCUAGCCUGCAUACUGAAUGUAGGAUUGCCUUAGAAAUUGGAAAUUGGAAACUUAUCUUGCUGCUAAUAUGGAACUAAUCAAAAGGGCAACUGUUUUUAAAGUACUUUCGGUUAUGAUCAAGUAAAAAGGGUUAAACGAUGGGGUCCUGUGUUUAUGCCAUUGGGAUUGUUAUGAAAUCAUAGCAGAUAAGUGGGAGUAUUUAAGAUUGUUGUGUGUUUUUGCAUCAAAUUUAGUUUUUCAUAUUUUUUUAGUGCUAAUGUGUAUUUGCAAUACAUGUGGUUUUGCAGGAUGAUACUCAAAUUAUGACAGCUUCUGGUGAUCAUAACAAUAUCAAGGUAUGGGAUAUUCAGGAAAAGAAAUGUACUGCAAUACUGAUGGGGCACACAGGAAGUGUGAAAUCUCUCUGUCCUCAUCCAACUAAUCCUGAGAUUAUUGUCUCUGGUUCGAGAGAUGGCUCCUUUGCUCUUUGGGAUAUGAGAUGUAAUUCAAGCUCCAAAAAUAUUCACGGGGAGAUUGCAAUAUGCUCAACUGCUGUGGUUAAAGGGGCUCAUCUUUUUCCACGGGCAAAGCGUGUAAGGCGCAGAAAGGCUGCUUCCAUGAGCAUCACACCAGUUCUUUAUCUUAAAGACGAGGUUUCCAUUGCUACUGCUGGAGCUGUGGACAGCAUUGUUAAGUUUUGGGAUACUAGAAGUUUGAAAAAUGUCGUCACACAGACAUCCCCUCACCUAGAGUCUACUGAGAAGUCAAUUAUUAGCCCUGAUGCUGCUCACAUACUCAGUGGUUCCAGCGAUGGAAAUGCCUACAUUUGGCAGGUAAGAUUUGUUCUUUUAGGAGCUCUUGAUAUUGGUCUUGAUUAGAGACUGACCUUGUUGGCAAUGUCUGUUGAAUAUUUGGAUUUCUAAGGGAGCUAAAGAAUGUACUGAGUGAGAGAGAGAGCAGAGAAACUGAGAUUGUUAUAACAAAUUGCUUACUCUGCAUGAACAUUGCAGCAGAGCUUAUAUUCCCUCAUGACAAUAGCAUGAUCUCUUACAUCA